AUGUCGACGCCCAUUCUUCCGGUCUACUUUGAGCUAAGCUGGUCGAUACUCAGCACGAUUGGUGCCUCCAACGUGCUUUUGGGUCUCCUCGUUGUAGGCAUAACAAGCUUUUCGCAAAUCACUGUAGUCCCCAUCAUCUCGUCGGCUGCUGGUUCCAUUGCGAAUGGCCUUUGUUACUACGCCUUUUACGACGAGAGCCCCUCCCUCAAGCACAAGGCAGCCGCCUCAGCAUUUGCUGAUGUUUUCUGGGUGGUGCGUAUGGAAGACUCCUCUGAGCGGGAAAAUGAGCUAACACGACUUAGAUCCAAGAAGUUGGCUUGUCGUUUUACAGCUAUGCCCUCCUCCGAAGAAUACUAA